GCAUUGCGCACUUCGCCAAACAUAACUUUUUCACUCUCUUUGCUGACCUGCGCCGGUUUCCCUCUAUAUUCUCUCCUUAUCUAUCUCUAUCUCUAUCUCUAUCUCUAAUGACGACUUCUCUGCAACUAUCUCGUUUCUCCAUCCGCAUCGGUCCCGAUCGUUUUGGCGGGAUUUCCGGAGCUCUCCCUUCACGGAAACCUUUCUCGGUCAGAUGUUCCGCCGAUUCCGACGCUUCUUUCUCUUCCGUUGCGGUGGAUACCGAUAACUUCGAUGCCAAGUCCUUUCGGCAUAACUUGACGAGGAGCAAGAAUUACAAUCGGAAAGGAUUCGGACACAAAGAGGAAACUCUCGAGCUCAUGAAUCGAGAGUAUAAUACUAGUGAUAUCAUAAAGAAAUUGAAGGAAAACGGAAACGAGUAUACAUGGGGAAAUGUUACGGUAAAAUUGGCAGAAGCAUACGGUUUUUGCUGGGGUGUUGAGAGAGCUGUUCAAAUUGCUUAUGAAGCGAGAAAACAGUUUCCUAAUGAGAAAAUUUGGAUUACCAAUGAAAUUAUCCACAAUCCAACUGUUAAUAAGCGGUUAGAGGAGAUGGAAGUUAAAAAUAUUCCUAUCGAGGAAGGGAUGAAACAAUUUGAUGUAGUGGAUAAGGGUGAUGUUGUGGUUUUACCUGCUUUUGGAGCUGCAGUUGAUGAGAUGUUGGUUUUGAAUGACAAAAAUGUGCAAAUUGUUGAUACCACUUGUCCUUGGGUGUCUAAGGUAUGGAACACUGUAGAGAAGCAUAAGAAAGGAGACUACACUUCGAUCAUUCAUGGUAAAUAUGCUCACGAGGAGACAAUCGCGACUGCAUCUUUUGCUGGAACAUAUAUUAUUGUGAAGGAUAUGACUGAGGCAAUGUAUGUUUGUGAUUACAUUCUUGGAGGUAAACUUUAUGGAUCUAGCUCCACCAAAGAAGCGUUUAUGGAGAAAUUCAAACAUGCUACUUCAGAGGGGUUCGAUCCUGAUCGUGACCUAGUAAAACUUGGCAUUGCAAACCAAACUACAAUGCUUAAGGGAGAGACGGAGGAAAUCGGGAAGUUAGUUGAGAGGACAAUGAUGCAAAAAUAUGGAGUCGGAAAUAUCAAUGAUCACUUCAUAAGCUUUAACACAAUUUGUGAUGCAACACAAGAUCGACAAGAUGCUAUGUAUAAGUUAGUGGAGGAAGAUUUGGAUCUUAUGUUGGUGGUUGGUGGAUGGAACUCAAGCAACACUUCACACCUUCAAGAAAUUUCUGAGGAUCGUGGGAUUCCCUCAUAUUGGAUCGACAGUGAACAGAGAAUUGGUCCAGGAAACAGAAUAGCUCACAAAUUGAAACAUGGGGAGCUUGUUGAGACAGAAAACUGGUUACCAGAGGGUCAUAUCACUAUCGGUGUUACAUCUGGUGCCUCCACGCCAGAUAAGGUUGUUGAAGAUGCACUCAUUAAGGUGUUUGACAUAAAAACGGGAGGAAGCCUUGCAAGCAGUAGCAUAAAUAUUUAGGUUCACAGAGGUUUUGGUAUUGAUGGUGAAUGCAUAGUUAAAAUGGAGGACUCUUUAGUCUUUAAGAUCCGACUGUAAUUUGCGUCUGCCUUCAAAUCAAAUGGUUAAAUAUUCGUAA